AUGGCACGUCAGUCACAACAAGCACCCGAGCACGACCCAAACGAAGACAUUAACUUGACGGAUUUCGAUGUAUCCGACCAGCUAUAUUGGCCUGGUGAUGGCUUUCCUGCUGCCGCCGUCCCAUACGACGCUGGGCAAGCGGACUAUAACCUCGGCAGCGCCAACCAACAGCACCAACCGCAACGACAGGAUCAACAGCCUUUUCCAAUGAGCCCUUGGAGCUUUGAGGAUGGUCCGUGGCCGAUACAAUAUGUCGACGACACGGAGACAGCGGAGGGAUCCUUUAGUAAAUUUCUUCAGGAUGCUUACGACAUCAACGGUGAGCAUGGUUUCGGUAUAGAGCAAUGUCAUGCUCCACCGACAGGAUUCCCUAAUCCUCAGGCGGACAUGCUGACACCAGAGUCAAUGCCGAGUGUCAAGGCGUACGAGGCUAUUGAUGAGCAAGACCGCAGUGCUAGAGUCAACGAGGGUAUGUCACACCCGGGUCACCGGGCCUCGAAACACCCCACCAGGCACUCACCAACACUGCUGCCUCGAGAGAAGAGUAUUGUGCAGUCUGGAGCAGGCCAAGGCCAGCGUCCCACUGGCUCACAAGGUCCAGCGGCGCGGCAGCAGCAGCAGCAGCAACGACAACGACAAGACGUACGGGAAUUUGAACAGCACCGACGGCAGCACAAGGAACUAUGGGAUUACGCAAUUGAAGUUGUUCCUGCAGAUCCUGACGAUUCCAGCGUACUCGACCACAUCGUCGCCGUCCACGAACAACUGGCCCAGCGAUCCUUUGGCGACUACCGCUUCGAAGUUGCCACUUCCACCCACUUCGGCCGCCCUCACCAAGCCCGCGUCCGUCGCUACAUCCUGCCGGACCGCCUGCGACGAGACGAUCGGGCCCGCAUGCAGUUCAUGCAGGUCUUCAACAGUAGCCGAAGUCACAACUCCAAGCUCCAAGGCUAUGAGUUCAAGAUGGUCCAGGUCUUCGAGCCGCGCCAGUUCCACACUCCCAACGACGACUACCAGGCAAUAGCCGGCCUCGGUGAUGACGACGACCGUGUUGGUGUAGACAGUCUACCCCAGUUCGGCGACAACGACAUCACCGACCUCGCAGCAUACGCCGGCCCUGCUCCCCCGCCCUUCCCCUCGCCCGAGCCUCACCAUGACCUGCAUCUCCCACCCCUCCCGCCGGUCCCCGAACAGCCUACCGCCUUGCCUACCCCGAAGGACGAUCUCGACAUUCACACCACCCAGCGUAGCAAGCCUAUCCCCAAGCCUGAUCGGCAGGUCCGGAAGAACGCCCGCGGCAAAUAUGAGUGCACCUGGGAUGCAUGCGACGAGAAGGACAGGGAGUUCAACAGAAAGUGCGAGUGGAACAAGCACAUGGACAAACAUGAGCGACCCUACAAGUGCCAAGUCGAAGGAUGUGAGAAGCUCGCCGGUUUCACAUACAGCGGCGGUCUGCUGCGUCACGAACGCGAAGUUCACAGCAAGCACGGCGGUCCGAGAAACCCCCUGAACUGCCCCCAUGUCACGUGUAAGAGACAUAACGGCAAGGGUUUCUCGCGUCUGGAAAACCUCAACGAGCAUCUACGACGAGUCCACACCCAUCCUGUUCCUGGCGUAUCCGGCGACGAUACUGCUGAAGAUGGCGAUAGCGUCGCAGCUUCAGAGUCGGGCCAAGUACUCCCCCAGCAGAUCCUGUUCCCCCACCAGCCCCAGCAGACCCAGCCUUCCCCGCAGGUGCUCACAGUCACCCCUCAAAAGCGUCCCCUCGACGUUGACGAGGAUACCGAUAUUCAGUCCGAAGUGAAGCGCUUGCGCCAGUCUGAACAACACCUCAAAGUCCUCAACGAAGAGCUGGCACGUCAGCUUACAGCCCAGCAACAGCAAGCCGAGCAAAAUUCUGCAAAUCUCAAGCAGGAACUCGAGGCCCAGAAACGUCAUAUGGCAGUCAUGAUGGCUGAACUGGCAAACAUGCGACAGCAAGUCAUGGACUCGGAGCAGCAAACCCAGGCCGAGUCCCUUCUCACCGACGCCUUCACCUAGUAGUCGACGGUAUUUUGUUGGCCGUGGCUCUCGAUUUUUUGUUUUCCUAUUUUCUUCCUUCCUCUCCUGUUCUUGGUUUUGACGAAGAUACCCCACUCGCGUUUUUUCUGGUUUCCCCCAUUCUCAUGGUACGACAUGCAUAGAGCGGCGUUCU